AUGAACGUCGCAGACGUCAAUCAACAAGACUGGGACAGACGUUCGCUCUCAUCACCACUGAAGGUCGAGUUCGCGGGGACACGUCCUUCUAUGCACGAUUGGGACGCGAGAACGACGUUGGAAGCAAAGCUCCCCGUCGGAUCGUCCGGGCGGGGGGACAGUAGCGCUCACCGUUGGAGAUACCAUAUGCAGUCACAGUACCGACGACCCAGGGAAGCGGUGAACAGCGACCUGACGGCGGCGAUCGAAGCAAGAGCUGAACGACACAACGAGCGAGUCAGCCCCCCACAAGAUUGA